UUCCCUCCCUUCCUGUUUCUGUCAUCAAAAACAGCAAAGCAGGAGAUGCAGAAAUCAAGCACCUGGCUUCUUGAGGUCAAAUUCCAAAAGCCUGCAAUGAAAAAUGCAGAAAUCAUUCCAGAUGGGUGAGGACUGGCACUUUCUUUCUGUCCAGGAAAGUCUGUGCCAUUCUGAAAUCUCAGCCUGGGUCCCUCUGUUUUGCCACCGAGCCUGAUUGACACCUACAUGUGUGUGGCCCCUUUUACACAGGGGGCCACAGGGGUGGACUUAAGUUUGAAAAUCCGGACAUUUUUGGACUGUGACACCAGUUGGUAUGGUGUUUCAAUCUGUAUUCUAGUUUUCUUUUAAUUAGAUAUUAUUUUAUAUGGGAGUGAGGCAACAAGAAUCAGCGAGGAGAAGAGUUUAUAAAAGCAAUUGCAAAGUUUCUCUCAGUGGAAUGAGUUUUUGAAUGUGAAAAGGGAGACUUGUACCAUUUCAGAAAUUCUCUUAAACUUGCAGAGUGAUAGAUAAAGCUAGUUCUGAGAAUGUGAAAAUGUGGGCUCCAUGUGCUAAAGCUAUUUGAAAAGAGGUGUGAGUGAAGGGGCUGAGGUUGGUGUGAACGUCAGACUUCCUGCCUUCUGCGCUUUCUGUGUCGCAGCUGUAGCACGUUCAUAGUGUGGCACUUCUUUCAAAAGGGACUCUGAACUAACCCAGCCUUUCAGGAAAAGGCUAGCUGCAGCCAGAAAUUCAGGCCCACUGCAGGAUGACAAGAGGAAGAGCUUUGUUACUAGCUUGUGUUUGAUCUUAGCUGCUUUUUUUUUUCUGCUCUCAGUAGCAUGCUAAUGAUACCUGUGGGAGGUGAAAAAUGGGUGAAUUCCUGCUAGGGUGCGGACAAGUUCGCAGUUUAGUUCUUGUCCUCUUCUUCCCCUCUGGUAAAAAUUUUGGGGGCUGUCCCAGAUACAUAAAAAGGACCUUUUUCAUAGAAUAAUUUCUGUCUUACAUCUGCUGAGGACUCUGAAUCAGAAAGGCAGUAAGUGGUUGACUCAGUUUGUUUUGUCUCCUCUCCCCCUUUCUUUAUUUAAAAUUAUGAGUAUUUAUGGGAAAUGACUGGCUUGAAAGCCUAGGACAAGUCUGAGCUGCCCAUAAGCCGUUCCUUUGCUACAGAUCAGUUUUGCCUCAUUUAUUUUUAAGUUUAAAGCUGAAAUGCCAAGUGCAUCCUGAAUUCUGUUUCAAAUGCCAGAGUUGCCAGUUUCACAUUGCUUACAUGUGAUUCUCUACAUGUCACCCCACUCUUGCUAUCAGAGAAUCCAGCUGGGUGGGUAAGCUGCUCUCUGGGUCAGAAGCACAGGGCGAUGUUGAAACAGAAGGGUGCCAAACGUCAAGGCAAAUAUGCCCCAGUUUCUGCUGCUGCCCAGGGAGAGGGUCUGCAGGUCUGUGAUAAGGAAUGGAAAGAGACCAAAAGGGAUGGGUGGGCCCCCAAAGGCUGUGAUCUGGAUGCCAAAAUAUCUUGCUCCAGCCUUGCAAGGAGCAGCAAGCACGUGCUUCAGAGGGAGGGCUAGCUGUGGUUCGUGGUUUAGGGAGUUGACACAAAUAGGCUCAGGACCCUUUUCUGUGGUCCUGCAAAGCAGUAUCCUGUCUGGGCAACCAGGGCCUGUCCUCCUUUGUGUAAACCCUUCUGUCUCAGCAGGUUUGAGGCAGUGCUCAGCAGUAGCAGUCAAGGCUGUCCGUCAGAAAGGCUCCUAGAUAAAGAAGUAGGGUUUAGCAUCCUACAUAGCUUAUGUUAUGUUAAGACUUAGAUGAGGAUGGACAUAUCUGUAAUUAAACACUUGGGUUUGGUUUCUGUUUUUAAACACCUGUUUUAUGUAAAUACUGUGGCAAGCAACCUGUGACAAUGAUUCUGUGCCCAAGAACCUCAUGGGCUUGGCUAUUUUUUUCCUUCUUUCAGUAAAUGAACCGUGUAACUUUUUUGUGGACAAAAAAUACAGACCAGCAUGUUGACCUUCAUUGCUGAUCAAACUUAAGUUGCACCAAGAUAUAACUGAUAGCAGGUCUUACCUGGAUUUACUUUCUCACAGCGCACGUAGCUGGUCACAUGGAGAAGUGAAGUACUUCAAUAUAUAUAGCACAAAUGCCUGGAUGGAAUAAGAGGAAACAAAGUGUGUCAAGAGGGGAGAAAGCACUGCAAAUCUUUCAAAUUCAAUAAGAAAACAUUUCCAUAGGUCAGAUAUUUCAUUCUGCAUGACAGGCUGAUGCUGAACCUGAUAAAAGUCACCCAGAUGGAGAGAGAUUGCUAGCUAAUACGAAACCACCAGCAUGCCUAUUGACCUGUACUGUGCUCCUGGUACCUGGCAAAGCACUGGUUACGCUAAUCCCCCGGUCUGCUUCCCUUCCAAUUGAGAGUUCUUCUACAGGGAUGGCCAGAGGGAAUCUUAGUGAUACUACAAAGAAGCCUGUUUGCUUAAGACAGCAUAUGUACAUCUUUUAACAAUCUGGUUGUGUACCUCCUUUGUGGGAGGAUCCCUGACCUUAUACAGAGAGGGACAAGUGCUAAUUAACUUAAUUCUGGGAACAGGAGGUGGUAUGACCUUUUCCAAAGUGAUUCGUUUGGGCUACAGUUUACAGAGAGGUAUUUGCUAGGACUGGUGCCUGGGUUUGCUAUAAAAACAUUAUUCAUAGUAAGGGGUAAAAUUCCCUGGUGUGGCUAGGGGAAGACAUUCCCCUCCCAUCCCUCUGGUUUGGGUUCAUGGUUCCUUGCCUAAAAAUUGUUGGCACUGUGGCCACAUUUAUUUUAUUAUCAAAACACAGUUAUGUUUUCUGUCUCAUCUUUUAGCACUGAACACAGCAAGCAGAUCCAAGUUAAUUAGACCAUUGUUUUGGCCACAACUCAUAUGUUGUGAACAUUCCAUCUUUCAUUGGCACCCCAGGAGAUUAAUUUCUGGGGCUUCUUUUUCCUAGCUGUCAAGAUGCUGUCUGUCCUGAGCAUCUUCCAGAUUCCUCCCUCUUUUGCCAAUGAAGUGGUAAGGAUUCUUAACGCCAUCUCUUUGCUGUAUUCCCUCUGUGCAGCUCAGGGACACAAUUACAACCACCUCGAGUGUGCCUAUGCCAUUUGAGUUUUGUUCUUGCUGCCAGCACUAAGCAGUCAGCCCCAGUUGCCCCAGUGUAGACAAAACCAGAGGCAGCUCCAGCACUGCCUUAGCAGCGACUGCAGAGAGCAGAGCUUAUGGGGACAUGCGUGAGGUGCGCAGGACGGAGGGCCGUCAGUGUGACUGUUGAGGAAAUGAAGUGCAGCCCGCAUGAAGGAAGCAAGUCACUGAAAAUGGCCUGGCUGGCCACGUGUCAGGCUCACAAAGCAUCUAGAAAGCCCUGUCCCCUGAGAGGUGGGCAGAAAGCUCGCCACGGGGUCUUACAGCUUGAGAGAGGUAAGAAGGCAGCUGAUGAGACUGAAUUUUCCUUAGGGGAAGAAAGACCUUUGGUCCCCGCUCCCUGUUGUCUUCUGAUGUUUUGGGUUUUUCAAGAAACAAUAAAGCAGCUCUUCCUCAUUCCCCGGUACCACCCCCAACAACAAAACCCCACAGUUUUACUGGACCCUUAGAGAAACAAAUGUAAGCACCUCCUUGGAAAACACUCCAGAGGCCUGCGGCCAUCCCGCAUUCCAGAGGAGGCUGCAAGCCUGCUCCCCAGCGUGCCUGCCCAGCAGGGCAGCCGGCUCCAUGCUGCAAUGCCGCCCGGCCCACUGCACCAACGCACCCACCCGGAGCCCGGGCAGGGGCUCGGAGCUCUCCCGAGCCUCUCCUUAGUCGUGUUCUGUGCUGCUCGUGCUCGGGAGGUGACUGCUCAGGAGAGCAGAAGCAGCAUCUUUGCCAUGUGGCACUUUCUGCCAUAUUCAUUCCAAGGACAGCUCCAUGUCUGAAGUGUUGCCAGACUGAUCUCUGAACACUGUGAAGCAAACAGCUGCCACGUCCUCAUCCUGCUUCUUGUCACGGCAUCGCCAGCAGAGCAGGAAGUUUUUCGGUAAUGUAACUAGGUAAGGGGUAUUUGUUUAGAUGAAAAUGAAGGUAAAACCCCUAUUUCCCAGUUGGUUUGACCCCUAUUUACAAAGCUCUAGUAAUGCAUGUAUGUAGAAGAAAUAUCUACAUGAGUGAAAAUGUGCUCUGCUAAUAUUAAAAGGUACACUGUGGAAUUUUGCCUAAGGAUAAAAUGUAAUUUUAAUUGAAAGCUGCUGUAACUUGAUAGGGAAUAUCCACAACAGUCUUGAGGAUCUACUUUAAACUAUAGUUAAACACAGAGCCAACUCCCACCACUCUGUCUCUUAGAGCUACAUGUCCUCUUUGAUCCAUCCAUGGUGCUUACGAUUCCUAAGAGACGGUAGUCAGCUCAUUAAUAUUUAUAUGAUACCUUCCAUCUGAAGACGCGUGCUUGGCAAUUAUUAAUUAAAGCAAUUCACAAACCCCUAAAAUUUAGCUCCAUUUCAUAGCUUACAAAACAGACCCAGAAAGUUUGUGUGUCCUUGCAUGAGACAGAAUGCAAUCGGGAAUGUGGAAGCUUGCCUGCAUGGACUCCUAUUAUGCUGUAUUUCUUUUAUCUUUCCUUCACCAGUAACUUUUGCAAAGGGAGCACAGGUUUCCUUUGGCAACAAGACGCACUGUGAGCCUAGGCGGUAUUGAGAAGGUGAGUGAAGGGAACCUUCUCUUUCACUGUGGUUCUUCACACAGCACUUACUUGCUUUUUAGAAAGCCUCUUUAAAAAUACAACCUGGAACAGCUCGUCAGCCCUGCCGAAAAGACCCUGAACAAGCCUUUACUUGAACGUGUUAAACCCUCCCCUAGCAGGCUGUAUUUUAGUUCCUGUGUAAGAGCAGGCAAAAGGGAUGGUGGGUUAUAAUCCAUGCCAGACGUGGGCUCUCUUCUCUCAGUCCUUCCUGGUGCAUAUGGAAUGAAGGAGCUUGGCUCAGUGUGAGACUGAUAACGGGAGGGAGGGCUUGCCGUUCGAUUAGCACCAUUCACUGUAAACACCUAAGUUGCACAAGGGGCUCAAACUUUGAUCUUUUUGUUGUGGAAAAGAAAUCUGAGACUGUGAAAUCUGCCCUCAGUCACAAACAAGGAGGUGAACAUUACUCAAACCCAGCUGUGGAAAUGUAAAUAGAGUUAAAUGUGAUCAAAAUGGGGGGAAAAAAAAGCACUUCUUUCCUCCCCAUCCCCUGCUCCCUGGCAUACAUAGAGUCCUCUUUUACUAGGGGCUCCUAUUCUGACUUGCCUAGCUCUGUUUGUGAGCACAAGCCCCAGUCCCACACCUGAAACGCCCAAAUCCAAAUGCUCCCCAGUGCUGUCUGGGAUAAGGUUUAAGCCACAGGUGCAAUUAAGCUUUUAAGUGGUAAGCCUAUUUGGUUAGGGGCACACCUAGAGCCUGCAAGAAGCUGAGAGAAAAACGAUCAGUCUUUCAAACUGACAGGCGGUUCCUGAAAUAUUGCUGGAAGGGUUAAGAAGAAGCUACAGCAUUCGUAAUUCUCCUGGUAUUUAUUGUAACAACCCUCUAAAUAAGUUCUCUGUGGAUGCAUCUGGCUGCCCUAGUGAGGAAGCUAUUCUGUACUGAAUCAGCAUGGGAUAGAGUGCCUAGAAGACGUUAAGACCAAGCACAGCUAGUGCGUCCCUGCUGGUUCUCCAUUCUGCAUCCGUGCAGCCACGUUCUAUUGAUGGCCUGUUGUGAUUUCAAUGGAACAUCAUGGGAUGUACCUGGCACGUCGGGCAGCACUGGAUGGAGGUGCCUUUAGCCCAAUGUACCUGGCAUGGUGGUAAGGUGAAGGUGAAAGGAAGAGAAGGUGGAGAUGGAACUGCCAAAUCAUGCCAAACAACUGCUACUGCAGCUGAACCAGCAACGAGCCAAAGGUUUCCUCUGUGAUGUGAUCAUUGUGGUAGAAAAUGCCCUGUUUCGUGCCCAUAAGAACAUCCUGGCAGCCAGCAGCAUGUAUUUCAAAUCCCUUGUCCUGCAUGACAACCUGAUUAACUUAGACACAGACAUGGUGAACCCCACCGUGUUCCGGCAGGUCUUGGACUUUAUUUAUACUGGUAAGCUCUUAACGACUGACCAGCCCGGUGAACAGAACUUUAAUGCUCUCCUCACCGCAGCAAGCUACCUCCAACUGCACGACCUGGCAGCUCUCUGCAGAAAGAAGCUGAAGCGGAACGGCAAGUCCUUUGCUGGCAAGGCCGGUGGCCUUGGUGUCGGGAGAUCUGCCAGGAGUCAGAGACUUUCCACUGCUUCGGUCAUCCAAGCUCGCUAUUCAGGGUCAAAUGAGGGGUUGAAGGGCUCGCACUCAAAAGAGCUGUCAAAGGGAAAGCUCUCCGAUGAUGAGGUCUUCAUCAGUAGCUCCAACCAAGAGAACUGUCACUCCUUAAGCAGGGGAGCCAGUAAGAACGGUGGUGGGAGCGGCAGUGCGAACGGGAGCACUGGGGACCAGGAGCUAGGCCUCGAUCUGUCCAAAAAAAGCCCGUCACUCCCUGUUGCAGCCUCCCAUGAUGACACGCAGCACAGCGAAAGCCAGCAUGGCUCUCCCCAAUCUGCCUCAGCCCCUGCAGCCAACAGUGCCUCAUCGUUUGACGAGUCUGGAGUCGGAGCCCCUCACAGCAUGGCAGACAGCAGCGACCCCAUGGAGAUGGAUCUGAGCGAAGAGUGCCACCACUCACUGACGGAGAGCAGCCAGCGCAAGGGCCUCCGACACUCGUCCCGCAAGAAGGAGUGGAUCAAGAAAGACAAUGCCUUCGACCGAAAGGAGGGAGGCAAAGACAGGGACGAGGGUGAAGGGCUGCCCAAUGGUAUCCUGCUGGGGCCCUUGUCCAAGUCUGUGGAGAGGAGUCUGGCUGGGGCCUACGGCGCAGACCUACCCUACCCGUGUAAGGAGGAGGUGGAAAAUGGCAAGGAGAACAGUGACGACAGCGGCCAGAGCGAGAGUGAGAGCGGCGGGCAUACUAGUGCCAACUACGUCUACCGGCAGGAGGGGUUUGAGCCAGUGGCCUACGGUGACAACCUGUAUGUCUGUAUCCCCUGUGGCAAAGGCUUCCCGAGCUCUGAGCAACUCAACGCCCAUGUGGAGACGCACACCGAGGAAGACCUUUACAUCAAGGAGGAAGGCACAUACGGCGGCAAGGAUGAAGCCGAGGAUUUGUCCAACCCCAACCAGUCCUACGCCGCGGAAUCCCGACCCUUCAAGUGUUCAGUGUGUGAGAAGAGCUACAAGGAUCCAGCCACGCUGCGGCAGCACGAGAAGACUCACUGGCUGACACGGCCCUUCCCUUGCAACAUCUGCGGCAAGAUGUUCACACAGCGGGGCACCAUGACACGGCACAUGCGCAGCCACUUAGGGCUCAAGCCCUUUGCUUGCGAGGAAUGCGGGAUGCGCUUUACCCGGCAGUACCGACUGACAGAGCAUAUGCGUGUCCACUCAGGAGAAAAACCUUACGAAUGUCAACUGUGUGGUGGGAAAUUCACCCAGCAGCGCAAUCUGAUCAGCCACCUGCGAAUGCAUACCUCUCCCACAUAAGCCAAAGACUCCAGAAUGAGCUUCAAGCCCAUCCGCAGUGAUUUACCUUUCUGUAGACUUGCUGCUUAAAAAAAAAAAACAAAAAGAAAAAAAAAAAACAAAAAAGGGGGCAAGUCCCCACACUCUGUUCAGUCAUGGGAGGCCUAAACAAAUGUAGCUUUAACAUUUUAAAAAAAAAAGUUCCUUUUUUCCCUUUUUUUAAAAAAAAAGAAAGGUCCACAGCCAAGCUGACGCAUUUAGUCCAACUCUCCCUCCGAAUCCUGGUGAUCUGGUAAGAAAUGCCACUUCUUUUUGCACACAUUGACUUCAUUGUCAUACUGAUUAUCUGGAGCAGGUAGGAGGGGGACCAUGGGGAACCUUCUGCUGGCUCCCCACUCCCUGCCUCUUUCCUUCCUGUUACUGUCACCCUACUUGCCUCCUCUCUUAAACCCAAACUCAUUAGGGGCAUUUCUUGCCAUCAAAAAAACAAUAAAAUACACCUUUCCAGUGGCCUCAAUAGCUGUGAAACAACACAGCCUUGCAUUCACAAGUGCAGAAGCUGUGUCUGUGGACCAUCUCACAGAGCUGGCAGCCCCUUCAGACACUGUGGGAAAGCCAUAGCAGUGGUGGAACCCACCACCCUUCCCCUGGCCUGGCGAUGGCGGGGAGUGCACCAGCUUGAGCGAUGCCUCCCUCACCAUGCCUUCCUCUUUUGGUUUUGAUCUUUAUCCUUGGCACACGUAACCACAUGCCACCUCCUUCCCACAAAACACGCAAACCUCUUCUGCCUUACCCAUGACUGAACAGGGCCUGGAUGCCCUGGGAAUUUCUUUCAGUGAGCAGGGGGUCGUCUUUACUUUUCUAGUAGUUUCGUAUGGAUAUUCUUUGCUUAGAGGUACUUGUUUUAUUAAAGGAAAAACCAUUGUAACGUUUAUGUGAAUGUUUGAACUGGAAGGUCUGAGGUUAAUUCUGGGGGGUGGGUGGGGAGGGGGUUUGAUGUAGGCUGGACUUGCUACAAGUUCCUUAGGUACUUUUUUAUUAUUUUUUAUUUUAUUUUGUGUGUGUGUGUAUGUUUUUAGCUUUCCUCCCUCACUAAAGAGCGAGUCUGUGUGGACAGGCUUGUUACCUUUGCUACCUCUUGACUUCAUGAGAACAAUAAGAUGGUUAGUGAAAGAUUAGGCUUUUUUUUCUUUUAUUGUAAGUAAUUAAAUGUAUAAAAGUAGAAGCUAAAUUAAAGUUAAGGGAUUUUUACCACCCUGUCCUUCCAUCAAAAGUCAGCUAGAGAAAUGUUAAAGCAAAGCUUGGCCAAAGACAAAGCAAAAAACAUAGUUUGAGCCAGAGGUUGUGCUGGCUGCUUGGACUGGCUCAUUCGCAGUCUCUUGGCUGGUUGUAGUCACUUUUAGAUAAAAGAAGAAAACUUCUCUGAGCUUUUUGGGCCCUUUCCAGCUUUGUUUAUUGAAUCUGGAUCCCAUGGGGAGGGGAAAAUGUCCCCCUCAUCUUCCACUCCCCCAGCACAUCUGGGUCAGUCUGUAAACACCUGGCAGGACAGAGGGUGAGGGCAUAGCAGCCUAUAAUUUACUAGAAUCCAGAGUGCAAUAAGGUGGGGGAGAGGAGGAAAAAGCAAACCAAAGUGUUUCAUAUCCUCCCUUUUAGACAAUUUAACACACGCACACAAAAAAAAAAAGAAAAAAAAGGAUAAAAAAAAGAAAAAUGAAAAGAAAAAGAAACAAAAUGUUCUUACAACAUCUGCAUAAGACAUCACAGCCAACAGCUGCUAUUGGUUUAGGAGAGAAGACAGAGAACUUAGCCCACCAAUUCUUGGCCCCCUUGACUUUGUUGGCGUGACCUUGUGGAAAGCUAUGGCUUAUUUCAAGCCUCCCGUGACUGUGGUGGUAAAAAUUCACAGCCAGUAGAAUCACCCCUUCUGAAUUGAGUCAGGUUUACACUUGUGUUUUCUCAGUUGUUCUGUUUGGGUUUUUCCCCCACUCAAACCAGUUCAGUCUCUGCGGAAGGUUCUCCAGACCUCACGCUUUGUCUGUUUCAGGAAAGAAACAAAACCAAUUUUUUUAAAGUUUUGACCAAAAAAAAAGAAAAAAGCGAUCAUGUUUGACUAAAACAAAGGAAUAUAAGCUUCAUUUUCUAUUGGUUUUUUUUUUAUUUGUUUUUUUAUUUGUUUGUUAAGGUAGACUAGUCCGUAAGAAGUUUUUGGGUCAAUUGAAUGAACUGAGGAAACUGGAACCCAGGCUCCAAGCAAUAGAGAUCCCAAAGGCCGAGCCUUGGCCUGGUGUUAUGUUACAGGGAACACGCUGGCCCCUCUCCUGCCCUCCUCCAGGGUGCUGCUCCCAGUGCCAUUGUCUGCGGACCCUGCGAGAGGGGAGCAUGGAUUUGUGUUUUUUCCUGACUGUGCUGAGAUGCGCUGUUUUCUUCGGGGGGGGGGGUUAGGUGUGAUUUUAGUGUCUUUAGCACUUCCACAUUUUGAAUAUAUAUUGAAUUCUUUUUUCCCUGAUUCCUUGCCAAACCCCCCUGAGAACGUCCCCAAAACAGCCCUUGGGGAGGACAGGGAGGGCCCUGCCAUCUACCUUUUUCUCAGAGCAAGUCUCAGCAGGGCUGAGGGACAGCAGUGCAACAUUAGUUCCUAGGCACUUUCACCCUGCCUUUAUCUUCCCUUCAACCACCCUAAAGCUGAGCUGAAUCCCACCCUGGCUCAGGCUGCAGCUCCCUUAUGGGUUUGGGAUGCUGGUCCCCCCCAUUCCCUUGUGGCCCUGCAGUUUGCCCAGCAGUGAUGGGGCAGCAGGAGGGUGUCUGCAGAAGCCAGCCCUGGGAUAGCAGCUCGCUAUGACCCACUGAGCCAAGCCAUGGAGCAGCCCAAGACAUGAGGAAGCAGUGAGCUCCUCAGCAGGCAAAUAACCUGCUCCCCCUCUCUUAACUCCAUUUCUACAAGCAUGUGUGUGGGUGAUGUAGCCUCUCCCCUCCCAGGCCCCCUCGUCAUUUGUUUCUUAAGCCUUUGAGAACCAUGUUGAAGUUUCAGGACCCAAUGCUAUUUUUUAAAACCAUUUUUCAGAGCAUCUUUCUUUUUUAACUUGAUCCCCUCCCCAGCACUUAAACCAUACGACAUAAAGUCUGUGUACAGCAAGAGUAUUGUACAAAAGGAGAUUUUUGUUCUUUUGUUUUCAAGUAGCUGUGUAAAGUUGUGUUCCAUAGAUUGAGUAUAAACAACAUUUUCCAAAUUGUGACAGUAAUAAUGAAUAAUACUCAAAGCUUCAGGGACUGUUUCAGGCCUGCUUGGGGCCUAAACACUCAACUGCAUUUAUACGACAUAGUAUUGUAUCAAACAUUUUUCUGUAUUUUAAUGAGAAAGCAAAACACUAGUUUCAUAUUUAAGAUUUUAAGAGUUUUAGGGUGGGGGGGAGGGAGCUGCAUUUUUUGGUUUGUUUUUUUUAUUUUUAAUUUUUUUUUUUAAUACACAAAGAGCCUCAAGAGGAAUAAAACAAUUUAAAAACAAACAAAAAAACAAAAAUUAAAAAAAAAAAGAAGAGGCCAGGCAGCUUAAGUAUAUGCUUUAGUCACUUACUUAGUUCCAGAAUGUUUUCGGAAUAACAGGAAAAAAGAUAAAAUAGCAAAAGUUGUAUAAAAGAAUAAAGAAGCUCAUACCCAAAUUCACAAAACUAUUUUUUAAACCAAAGCACAUUUGAAUGAGUAUGGAACCUCACUUGGCUCAGAAAAGUACUAAUAUAUUUAUCUCAUUGUUUACAUAAACUUUUACAGUUUCAGACCUCAACAGAUCUAGGGGCCAGUCAAAAUUAAUCUUUGCUUUUUCCAUUGGUUUGUCUGUGAAGGCUACGCAGCGCUCCCCAGCUUGGGAGGGAGACCUGUGUCCCAGCCUGCAUUCCAGCGCUGCUCAGGAGGGCAGGGAGAGGGAGGGCAAUGACAAAUAUGGCACGUAGAUACUAUUUUCUUUGUCUUCAACCCAUAAGAGAUGUUGCUGGGAAUGAGACCCAGGCACUAUUGUGGUGGCAUUCCAGCCUACCUCUUCCUCAGAGGAGUCUGAGGGUUAUCAAGAGGGCAAAGAGAGACGCAAGAUGCUCUACAGAUAGAGAAGGACGUUGUCAGAAGAUGGUGGGAGCUGCUGUACCCAGCACAUCUCCUUACUGUUAGCCAUGGGGAGCUGGGCUGAGCUGCUUUCCAAUCCUUUACUGAAAAACCCCCAAAACCAAAUUCCUGGCAAAAAAAGCCCCAAAAGCCCAGCUCUGUGCAUGUGGGGGAAUUAGCAGGAGCCACAAAGUUCACAGAAGACACCAAAGAGCUAUUGACAUGCAGCUUCUGUGAAGCUUUGUGGCUGCUGAUAUGGAAGAGUACGCACAACUCGGAAGGGCCCCUCUGGGCAGGGCUGUGGCAGAGGUGGCUGCUCUUCCUGCGCUGACUUCGGUAGCUUUAAUGGUCUGGUGUGAGGGCAAGAGCACAGCCCCUACCUGCCUCCUCCUGUUCAGAGCUGUGCUGGGGCCUGAGCUGUACUGUUGGGACCAUCUGAGCCACCUCUUAAUUUAACAGCUGGAUUGAUUCACUCCAGACUUCACAGUCAUGCCCAAAGAGCCCAGCCAAAACUCCUAAAGCAUUCUAGGUGGGAACCUAAGCUUGAUUUGCAUGUUAGGACAGUUUAAAGAUGACCAGUGAAGGUGGUUUGCUAAAAUACUGCUGAAGCCAAAAAAAAAAGGAUUAAAAAUAAGGCUCCCCAUCCUUAGUCUUGACCCGUUGUAGCUUUUACCUUCUACACCAAAGCCACCUCAAAGAUUUGAGGGGGGGCUGAUGGAAAAUGAAAUAUUAAUUUUGCCUGGUCUUAAUAUCUAACAAAGAUGGUGCAAACACUAUUUGACAGUGUUGUUUUUGUAUCAAUAUGUAUGUGCAGUAAUGAAUGUAUUUAUUUCUCAGAUUCUGUAUGCACAGUUUUGCAAUGUAAUUCAGAAAGUUGCAAACACAAAGAUGUGUCCGCAGGGUCUUCUCUACAGGAUUUCAAAAAAAAAAAAAAAAAGAAAAAAUAUAUUAAAAAAAAAAGAAAAAAAAAAAA